AUGACCUAUUCCAACGCUGAUAUUAUUUUUUAUAGUAUGAGUUGUGAAUGGCGUGGAGAACGAAGAAUGUUGGAUAUAACGAGGGACAAACCGGUUAAAGUCUGCGUUCGAGUGGUUGUACCCGUCAGGGAUCAUCCAAAGUUUAACUUCGUGGGAAAGUUGCUCGGUCCAAAAGGCAACUCUCUUAAACGUUUACAAGAAGACACUAUGUGCAAAAUGGCUGUACUGGGACGAGGGUCAAUGAAAGAUAGACAGAAGGAAGAAGAGCUACGUAUGUCAGGAGAUCCCAAAUUCUCGCAUCUAUCAGAGGAGUUGCAUGUGGAGAUCAGUGCAUUCGCGACACCAGCAGAAGCCCACGCCCGUAUCGCGUACGCACUUGCUGAACUAAGAAGAUUUUUAGUACCGGAUUACAACGACGAUAUAAGACAGGAACAAAUGCUAGAAAUGCAAAUAUUGUCAUCACAGAAUGAACAGCGUAGACUGACACCGCCUGAAUCUUCUAGAAGCAAUAGCGAAGAGACACUACCCAUACGAGAUACAGCAAAACAACGGUUACCAACAGUAGCACCAGUAACGCAGCCAGCAUUGGCUAGUGCCCCUGUUUUGCCUGUCAGCCACGCCCCCAGCGCACGCGAUUUUUCACCGCCAGCUCCCACACCUGCGCCAGAACAUUUGCCUCACCACCAGAUGACAAGUCCAGCAAGUCAUGGCUUGCUGGUUGGAGGUGGUAUUUUGCAACAACCGCCUGCACACCAUUUACUCACACAAAACUCUAUUCUUGGUGCAGGAGACAUCCUGGGUUUAAGCAGCCCCGUUUUGGGUGGGGUGCUCCAUACCCACCCCGCAUUGCGAGGUGUCAAGCCAACAGCUGUGCACGCGCUGGCGACGCAAGGUGUUGGUUCGGGUGGAGCGAGCACCCGCAAGCGGCCGCUGCUGGGAGGCGCGCGGAACGCCAUCUCGCCGACUAAGCGAGCCGUCAUGUCGUUAUUGGCGCGCGCUAGGGCUGCCACGCACAAACACGAACACCCAGCUCUACUACCUCUGAUACGAGAAGAUUUCAUGACUGGAGUUGGAGUCAACAUCAACCUAGCGUAA